GUGGACCACAGCUGAUUGGGAGAUGAGGCGCUGGAAGAAGAGAAGCGAUCGGGAGCGAUCAUGCACGCAGUUUGGGUAGCCAGCUAGGAGUCUCAGAGGAUCAUGGAGGCCACGCAGGAAACAUCCCUCUUCCUGGAGAAGAUUCUGGAAGAGCUGGACCACAAGCAGGGCACGGUCUCGUACCAGGAGCUGUGCGCGUCGCUGUGCGCGCGGCUGGACCUGGCACAGCUGGCGCGCCUGCGCAGCGCGCUGUUCUACACGGCCUGCCUAGACCCCGGCUUCCCCGCCUCGCUGUUCAAGGACAAGAUGAACUGCGCGGGCAGCGGCCAGCAGGCCAAGAAGCUGGCCGUGGCCGCGGACAUCGUGGCCAUCUUCAACCUGGCCCAGGUCGGGGGGGUGGCCGGGGAGAAGCUGCCGGCCGGGGGCCAGAAGGCGCGCAAGAAAGGGGCGUCUUUCGAGUCGUGCAGGCCGGACCCGGGGCCCUGCAACGCGGCCCAGCGUGAACCCCUCAACUGCGAGCUCAGCGAGAGGCCCUUCAGCCGGGGCUACCCCGCGCGGCCGGCCACUAAGUGCCAGAAGGCCGACUGCCCGCAGUUCGUCCCCGCCUCGGAGCCCAACUUCUUGUUGGGGGUCAGGAAGGAAGCCAAGCACCGCGCGGCCUCGCUGGACCGGCUGCAGGCCGCGGCCGCCUACGCCGUGGCCGGCCCGCCGCCGUGCGAGAUGCAGAGGACCUGCUUCCCCAUGAACCUCGACAGCGAGCCCGCCUCCGACCAGGACUCGCUGCCCCUCGGCCAGGCCCUCAAAGACGCCUUCGUCUCCCGCGACGAGCCCUUCCUGGGGCCGAAGAGGAACGUCUUCAAAGAGGAGUUCCACACUCUCCUGGCCGCGUCCCCGGCCCGGGCCCGGCCCGCCAGCAAAGCGGACAGGGGCCGCGGGGAGGCGCAGCGGCGAAAGGAGCCGCACAAAGCGCCUUUCUUUAAUCACAGCUUCGAGAUGCCCUACCACAGCCAGUACCUGAGCCCCGGGUACUCCCCGGCCCCCGACAGGCGGCGGGCCAAGCACGAGAGCCUGGAUGACCUCCAGGCCUCCACCUACUUCGGGCCCACCACCCCGGUGAUGGGCGUCCCGGAUGCCAGGCGCUGCCCGGGGAGGCCCAGCAAACAGACCCCGUGGCCGGCCAAGAGCUGGAGCCUCAACACAGAGGAGGUCCCCGACUUCGAGCGCUCGUUUCUCCACAGGCAGCCCUCGGAGGAGAAGCUCCACUUCCCCACUUCUGGGAGCCAGACCCCCAACUUCUCAGCUCCCGAGAGGCGCCCCGCUUUCCUGGCGCCCAAGGAGCCACCGCCGAUCCUGCCCGUGGGCUACGCGGCCAAGCCUGGCGGGCUCAAAGCCAAGGAGAAGCCGCCCGCCCUGGACCUGGAGCCGCGGGAAGCGGGCAAGAAGUUCAAGGAGAAAUCGCUCGGCGGGGUGGGCGCCCAGCUCAGCUCAGACACCAGCAGCGUGGGGACCCAGACCGAGCAGCACCCGCCCGAGCCCAAGAAACUUCCGGACCUGUGCGACUCCGCGCAGGGCAAGUACGGCGACCCGCUGGCCAGGAAGCACUCGGACGACGACUCGGAAAUCGUCAGCGACGACAUCAGUGACAUUUUCCGGUUCCUCGACGACUCGGGGCUGGUCCAGUCGUCCUGCUACAACAGCACGGGCUCUCUGUCCCAGCUGCACAAGUCCGACUGCGACAGCUCCCCCGAGAACCGCCUGGCCAAGAUCACCAGCGAGGUUCCCGGGAGCAAAGGGGAAAAGAGCCACCGGCCCGAAAACACGACGCACCCCUCGGAGGAGGAGCUGAAAACCAGCGUGUGCAAACUGGUGCUGAGGAUCGGUGAGAUUGAACGCAAGCUUGAAUCGCUGUCGGGUGUCCGCGACGAAAUCUCCCAGGUUCUGGGCAAGUUAAACAAACUGGACCAGAAGAUCCAGCAGCCGGAGAAGGUGCUGAGCGUGCAGGUGGACCUGAACUCUCUGACCAGCGAGGUCCCGUCGGACGACAGCACCUCGCCCAGGGGCUUCCGGGGCCACAGCGGCGCCCACGGGCCCAAGCUGGAGAACGACCCCGACUGGUGCUGCUCGGACGCCAGUGGCAGCCACAGCGAGAGUUUACGGGUCAAGGCCUUAAAGAAAAGCCUCUUCACCCGGCCCUCGUCGCGGUCCCUAACGGAGGAGAACAGCGCCACCGAGUCCAAGAUCGCCAGCAUCGCCAACUCGCCCCGGGACUGGCGCACCAUCGCCUACGCCGGCCGCCCCGGCGCCGGCGAGCUGCAGGACGCAGGCCCCGGCGAGGACAAAAAGGCAGACAGACAGUAUGACAUCCCUCCACAGCACCGACUGCCCAAACAGCCCAAGGACAGCUUCCUGGUGGAGCAGGUAUUCAGCCCUCACCCCUACCCGGCCUCGCUCAAGGCCCACCUGAAGAACAACCCGCUGUACACAGACAUGCGUCUGACCGAGCUGGCUGAGGUGAAGCGGGGCCAGCCGUCCUGGACCCUCGAGGAGUACGCUCGGAAUGCUGGCGACAAGGGCAAGCUGGCAGCCUUGGACCUGCAGACCCAAGAGUCGUUAAAUCCAAACAACCUGGAAUAUUGGAUGGAGGACAUCUACACCCCAGGCUACGACUCAUUACUGAAGCGGAAGGAAGCUGAGUUCCGACGCGCCAAGGUGUGCAAGAUUGCUGCCCUCAUCGCGGCCGCCGCCUGCACCGUGGUGCUGGUCAUCGUUGUGCCCAUCUGCACGAUGAAGUCCUGA